CAAAAAGGUGAAGCUUGAACAGUCUGGUCCGAUUUGAAAGCCCUUUGGAUGGAAUGUAAAGUCUUAAAGGUCCUAUAGAAGCAGCAUCAGUUGCUCCAGUCCUUGGUGGAUAUCUUUACACGAUGCAGUUGUGUCCAAAGGAGCUCGACAAGCUCGUCAUCUCCCAGCUUGGCCUGCUCGCACAGCGUCGCCUAGCUAGAGGUGUCAAGUUGAAUCACGCUGAAGCUACCGCUCUACUCGCCAACAACCUUCAAGAACUUAUUCGAGAUGGAAACCAUACCGUUGCGGACCUCAUGUCUAUUGGAAAGACUAUGCUUGGUCGUCGCCAUGUCCAACCCUCCGUAGUCGCGUCCCUCGCCGCAUUGAUGGUCGAGGGCACCUUUCCGACUGGCACCUAUCUCGUCACCGUUCACCACCCCGUCUCAACCGACGAUGGCGACCUUGAGAAGGCCCUGUAUGGCUCGUUCUUGCCCAUUCCCUCGAACGAGAUGUUCCCCUUACCCGAAGCAAGCGUAUACGAAGAUACGAAGCAACCUGGCGCAAUAGUAGCUGUCAAGGGAGAGGCUGGGACAAUCAAGCUGAACGAAGGCCGCAAGAGGAUCAAGCUCAAGGUCAAGAGCAUGGGCGACAGGCCGAUUCAGGUCGGAUCGCAUUACCACUUCAUCGAGACGAACCCUCAACUGCAAUUCGACCGUGUACGAGCGCACGGGUACCGGCUUGAUAUACCGGCUGGCACGUCUAUACGCUUCGAGCCUGGCGACACCAAAACAGUUACAUUGGUCAAAAUAGCUGGCAACCAGGUCAUAAAAGGGGGAAACAGGCUCGCCUCGGGCUUCAUCCAAGACAUGUCAGUUGCGGAGGGUAUCGCAGAUAGGCUAAAGGCGGGAGGCUUCCUACAUGAGCCGGAACCACUUGGCGACGCUAUACAUAUCGAUAUGUGCACAAUGGAGCGACAGGCUUAUAUCAGCAUGUUUGGCCCUACGACGGGCGAUCUGGUCAGGCUGGGCGCUACGGAUUUAUGGGUCAAGGUAGAGAAAGAUAUGACCAAGUAUGGUGACGAAUGCGCGUUUGGUGGAGGAAAGUCGCUAAGAGAAGGUAUGGGACAAGCAGGAGGCAGAUCAGACAAGGAGUCGUUGGACACUGUAAUUACCAACGCGUUAAUCAUCGACUGGACUGGCGUCUUCAAAGCGGAUAUUGGGAUCAAAGAUGGCAUCAUCGUCGGUAUCGGCAAAGCGGGCAACCCAGAUGUCAUGGAUGGAGUGCACCCGGAUCUAGUUGUUGGAUCGUGUACAGAUGUCAUCGCUGGCGAACAUGGCAUUGUUACAGCCGGUGGCUUUGACACGCAUAUUCACUUUAUUUGCCCUCAGCAAGCGGAAGAAGCCAUCGCGUCUGGCAUCACAACCAUGUUAGGCGGCGGUACAGGCCCAAGUACCGGCACGAACGCGACGACAUGCACGCCAGGCAAGACACACAUCCGACAGAUGCUGCAGGCCAUUGAUGAGCUACCUCUGAACUACGGUAUCACAGGCAAAGGCAACGACUCGGAGCUUCGUCCCCUUCAACAACAAGCCGAAGCGGGCGUGUGCGGUCUGAAGCUACACGAGGAUUGGGGUACCACGCCCGCAGCCAUCGAUGCGUGCUUGACUGUCUGCGACGAAUACGAUAUCCAGACGCUAAUCCACACUGACACUCUGAAUGAGUCUGGUUUCGUCGAGCAGACCAUUGCCGCAUUCAAGAAUAGGACGAUUCAUACGUACCACACCGAAGGUGCGGGUGGAGGCCAUGCUCCCGAUAUCAUCAGCGUUGUUGAGCAUGCCAACGUUCUACCAUCCUCGACCAACCCGACUAGGCCCUAUACCCGCAACACGUUGGAUGAGCAUCUGGAUAUGCUGAUGGUGUGUCAUCAUUUGUCGCGCAACAUCCCCGAAGACGUGGCUUUCGCCGAGUCGCGUAUUCGCGCGGAGACGAUUGCGGCAGAAGAUGUCCUGCAUGAUCUUGGUGCCAUUUCUAUGAUGUCGUCGGACUCUCAAGCUAUGGGUAGAUGUGGUGAGGUCAUUCUGCGAACAUGGAAUACAGCGCACAAGAAUAAGGUUCAGCGUGGAACGCUCAAAGAAGACGAGGGUACGGAUGCCGACAACUACAGGGUCAAGAGGUAUAUCAGCAAGUACACCAUCAACCCAGCCAUCGCACAGGGCAUGGGCCAUCUCAUUGGAAGCAUCGAGGUGGGCAAGGUGGCAGAUCUUGUCCUCUGGACUCCCAGGAAUUUUGGUGUCAAGCCGAAGCUCGUGGUUAAGAGUGGUUUCUGCUCAUACGCCCAGAUGGGCGACCCCAACGCCUCCAUUCCCACGGUAGAACCCAUCAUUAUGCGCCCCAUGUUCGCCCCGCUCGUCCCGCAAUCCAGCAUAACAUUUGUCUCGCAAGCUUCCAUCUCCUCUGGCGUCAUCAAAUCGUACGGGCUGCGGAAGCGGGUUGAAGCGGUCAAGAAGUGCAGAAACAUAGGCAAGAGGGACAUGAAGUUUAACGAUACGAGGCCGAAGAUGAAGGUUGAUCCGGAGAGGUAUACGGUCGAGGCAGAUGGCAUGGUCUGUACGGCGGAACCGGCGGAGACGUUGCCGUUGACACAGGCCUAUUUUGUUUAUUGAGGCUGUGGUUGGUGAGGGCACAUGUACAGGUGGCCCUGGCUAGAUGAGAAAUGAAAACAUGGCACCCUACUCGUUGAAUAUCUCUAGGAAUUGUGCAUGAUGAAUAUGAACUUGAGGAAAGGUGACUGUUGGUGGCUGUUGGCAGUAAAGGCUAGAUAGAGGCUACGAGGGACCUAAUGAGUCGAAGACUGUAGUAUGGGCAAAGAAAGGUGGAAAAUAAGGCGGCGACCUUGGACGCACGACGGGCGGGGGUGACGAUGGGGAUGGGCGGCACCAACAGGGCAAAGUUUUAGGCGUGUGGCAGCCCGGGCAGCCUGGCAGAGACGGGGCAGCCUGGCAGAGACGCGACAGCCUGGCAGAGACGCAACAGCCCCGGGGCAUUUUUGGUGCAGUCGCCGCUGUACGAGGUGCACAAGACAUCUGUUGGCAGGCAACGGUUAGAAGCUAGAGUUCAUAAUAAAACCUUGAGAGAUGCAACAAGCUAUUUGAUGAAUG